AUGAGUGAUCUUCUUGGUAGCGAUGGUCGGGGGACUGGGGUUGGAGAUGGGGAAGGUGCGGAUGCGCGAGAAGGGGAGGGAACAGAGGGUGGGAUGCGCAGAAGACGGCCGUGGAAAUACGAGGAGCGGGCGACGGGGGAUCCAGAAUUCAAGGAUGAUCUGCACUCGUGGGCGUUCAGCAACGGGGAGAGCUCGGCGAAGCCGCAACAGUCGGCGGCAGUGAGCGGGUCUGGCGCGGGGAAUGCGGAUGAGAAGACGGAUACAGGGGCGGGGGGAAGUGGCGGAGGGUCGUUGGCGGAGUCCCGGCUGGCGGAGCGCUGGGGCGAUGUGGAGCUGAUGGCGCGGGAGGUGGCUUCUGCUACGGAUAGAGUUGGAUCGUUAGAGGAAAGGGAGGGAUCUUCAGAGGCACAGGGGUCUGGAGAGAAAGAGGGGUUGCAUAGGCCGGUUGAACGGGAAAGCUCAGGAACACAAGGUGGUGGUGGUGGUGGUGGUGGGAGUGGUGGUGAGGGUGAAGGUGUAGGGGAAUCAGUGGUGGAGUGUGUGUCUGGUGCCGGCGGUGCUCGGCCUGUGUCUGCCUAUGGCAAUGCUACAUUCUCCUCCUCUGGCUCGUCGCUUAAUCUAAGACCAAACGUCAUGGCGCUCUCUGACCUCGUGCGCCAUGCCCCCUCCUCCGCCUCUUCCGCCUCCUCCUCCUCUGCUCUCAACCCCACGGGGCAUGCGGCUAUUGGCCAGUCGGCCUCGGCGUCGGCGUCAGCAGCUGGGGUGUAUAAUCGACGUGUGGACAGGCAGAUCCCACGCGCAGCAGUUGUUGCUCUUCAAGCUGCUGCUGCUGCCAAGACCAGCUGGCCGCUUAACCUGCAAGCUCGGUCGGGUCUGCACUUCCCCCCACCGCCCCAUCUGGGGACAGCAACGCACGCGUGUGACAAGUGCAGCCUGCGCUUCUUCUCGCCGCUCAACCACCGCCGCCACAUUCGCGUGCACCGCAAGAUGCUGCGCACCGACAAGGUUGACCUGAGGGGCAUCCGAGGAGACCUUGCUCUCUUCUUGAACAAGCUGGGAAUGCCAGCAGUUCUUGACCACAUAUCACUGCAGGCCCUUUCUGUGGAGGGUAUUCAACUGGUGGACCGUCUGUCCUCUCUGGUGGACAACCAUCGCUUUCCCUUUGUCUCGCCCAUCGCACCACCACUCCCACCCUACCUCAAGCUCGGCCCAGACCUCGUCGCGGUGGUGUUGAACAAGCAGCUGUUAUCAGAGGAGGAUCUCUUCGCCAUGCUGGAUGCGGCCAGUGAGAGCACGUUCCUGCACGGGGGCACGUCCCCUGCCGUGCACCGCUUUGUCUUCCAGCCCACUGCCACGCCCAGCAGCAGCAGUGGUGGCGGUGGUGGUGGUGGGGUUGGUGGCGCGGGCGGUGGCAGCAGCGGGAGGAUCAGAGUGAUGCGCCUGCAUGAUAAGGACUUGGUGGCUGCGCUUGCGUUUCUGCUUGAACAGAAGCUGGUGGAUGCAUACAUGGCAGCGCGAGAGGCAGCAGCACUCAAGCAGCAGCACCUGCUGGUGGAGGAGGAAGCAGCUGCCAUGCACAAGCGGGCUCUCCUGCGGCAGCGCAGACGGAAGAAACGGCAGAGGCAGAAGGGAGGAGGCAAGGCGGCAGACAAAGUGGGGCAGCAGGGUUCCAGAGGUGACCGUGGUGUGGGGUUGACGGGCAGUGUUGUCACCUGGAGUAAAGGUGAGGACUCGGAGAAAGAGGAGGAAGAGGAGGAGGAAGAAGAGGAAGAAGCAGAGGAGGAGGAGGUGGAGGAGGAUGAGGAGGAAAGGGAAGAAGAAGAGGAGGAGGAGGACGAGGAAGAGGAAGAGGAGGAGGAAGAGGUCGGGGAAGAGGAGGGGAGAGAGGAAGAGGAGGGAGAGGAGGAGGAAGACGAGGCAAAGAAAGAGCCCCAGCAACUGCAGCAGCAAGUGCGACAGCAGCAGCAGCAGCAGAGGCAGCAGCAGCAGCAGCAACAGCAAGCAGGGGGCGACAGCAGUUCUGAUGGGCUAUCAUCCGAGUCUCUCGAUUCUCCCAAGGGCGCUAGGGUGCACCCAGCACCCAUGUCCGCCACAGACAGUUCAGUGGGCGUGAAAAGCAAGGAGCGUGAGCAGCACACAGUGGGGGCAAGGAGAGAGGGAGCAGACGCAGGGAGUGUAGACAUGGCAGGGACUCGUGCUGCUGCUCGCGCUGCUGCUCGUGCCCCGUUGGACCGUUCAGAAGGAAGCUCCGCCUCCGCUGGUGGUGGACCCACGGAUGGACCCACGGGCCCAGGUAGCAGUAAUCUUGAUUUGUCAAACGCCAGGGGGGCACCUGCAGGGACGGGUGCAGCAGGAGGAGGGACAGGCACGGGUGCGGGCUCAGGCUCAGGUUCAGCUGCUGCAAGGACGGGGAGUGCGGGAGGCAGGAGGGGUCGUGGCAAGGGGGGGCAAGGAGGGGGCGGCGAGCGGGGGGAGCAGAGCAGGGGGCGGCAGCAGCGGAGUGGGAAGAGGGAAGCUGUGGGCCCUUAUGUUGGGAUGGCGCUAGACACAAGCGCGGCUGCUGGCAGUGCUGCUGCUGUUCUUGAGAACGCCCCUGCUGCUAGAGGGGUGCUGCGGGGGAGGGAGGCGGAGGUAAGUGGGGGAGAGACCCAGCAGAGCU